AUGAAGUCGACUAGGUCAGCGUCGAGGCCUCAAUCCUCAAGAAGGGGCCUCAGAGAGCCAAAAACAGAACAUGCCACCUCGCCAAGCUAUGCGUUGACUCCUCCUUCGACGCACCGAAGCCAAUCUCCUUAUCCAACUCCGGAACAGGCCCCUCAGUCUCUUGGCCUCCCUUCUCCGCAAACAUGGCCAAUGGACUACCGGACUCCGCCUUCCGAGACGCGUAAACGACGGAUCGAGGAGCCCAAUGACUCUUUGAAGACAGAGACGGAGUGUGUUGGUGAGGACUCACACUCUUGUAAGGAAUCUGUUUUUCUGAGCGUGAGGACCGCCAGCAUCGCCAAUGACUUUUCCCAGCCGGGCGAGCCUCCUCGUCUACCGUCGACCCCAACUCUGAGUGUGAUCUCGGAUGCAGGAUAUCAGCAGCAAAAAGACCUAAAGGUCAAUCAAGAGCAGGAAAGUCCCUCAAAGUAUGCGGAGGACAUUAUCAUCACCCCUUCGACGCCCACUAGUCCACCGCCAGGCCGAACCAGUCCACAUCAAGAAUUAUCUCACACCCAGGUUAAGCUCCAAGUCCAGCUUAUGAGGUCAUCUCAAAAGAUCAAGAAUCCUAUGCAUGUGGGGCACCAAGGUGACUUCCUGCCGAAAACAAAGCUGGACGAGCUUAUCAAUGAACCAUCGGUAUUCCGCGAGUUGGCUGCCCGAUCACCCAGCGAGAGUCCUAGUGAGCUAAAGAGCGAUGCAGAGGCCGUAUGCGCUGAAGAAAAGGUGAUCCUUGGCAAUGGCAAAGUCAAGACCCGAUCCUUUCGCCAGAUUUUUUCCAUCUUGGUCUUGAUCGGCGAGUCUAGAAGCAUUCGACUAUUCAUGAAGGAGGCCGUCAGCGACCUUGACCUGCCGCUGAUAGAGCAUUCCGACGACGUCGACCCUAACUAUAACAAGUUGUUUCGGGGUGACUGGGAUGGCAAUACCCAAAAAGAGCCACUGCAGUGCACUCAAGACUGGGAACCAGGGAAGAGGAGGCAGUUUUGCGACUGUCAGUGGAGGGUUCUGGCCCCUUUCUUCUCUCUUGGGGUCUACAAUCACGUCAUGCACUACAGCCUAAAGGACCAGCAUCUUCUGCCUUUUAUCGGCGGAAAGCAGGUUCACAGCCCAGGGUCGAUGAGGAGCCAGUCUACCGAGAUUGUCAGCGGGUUCUCGCAAGUCUUCCGAGUUUGGAUUCACCCCAAUCAUCACGGUUUCCACAAAUGCGGCCCAGACGCCCAGCGCGGCUUCGCAAUCAAGCUACUGCAAAAUAUGGACGAACACGUUUUCAGGAAGGAGGUCAACAUGCUCAAGAAAUUCAGUGGUGAGGGGUCCCAUCCCCAUGUCGUCUCUGUCCUUGCGACCUACGAGCAAUCGGGCAGAUAUCACUUGAUAUUUCACUGGGCCGAUGGAGACUUACUCCGUUACUGGAGAAAGAUAUGUCCAAACCCCACCUUCAACUAUGGCACGGUGCUCUGGGUGGCCAAGCAGCUCUCGGGCUUGGCUUGUGGCCUGUCCCGCUUCCAUAGGCACUACACAAACGACGACCAUGAUGCCAGCAACCGAAUGGAGGAUGGGGAUCACGAUGGAAAAGAGCGACCCCAGAAGCGCACUCGAUUGAACGACACACAUCCUCCUCCCGUGCAAGUUGCUAGAAGCUCUGAGUCAAGUCCCAAAAACAAGAAGGAGCAGUUUGGCCGUCAUGGGGACCUCAAACCACAAAACAUCCUCUUUUUCCCAUCUUCAGAGGACAAGCGAGGAAUUCUCAAAAUCUCUGAUCUGAGCCAGGCGGAACUUCAUUCGGCGUGCAGUAAGACACGCCGGAACACCAAGGACAUCUACACGCUGACCUACCGCCCUCCAGAGACUGAUGUCGAGCCCCUAGUCAUCCGCCAGUCUGGGGAUAUAUGGUCCUUGGGCUGUAUCUUUCUCGAGUUCGUGUCGUGGAUGCUGGGCGGCAUGGUGCUGGUGGAGGAGUUUCAGAAGCGACGCAUGUCUUGGGACGAGAGACUGCAAAUGGAUUCUGACACAUUCUACGAACGCGAGAAAGUUGAGCCCCUUCAACAUGUUGGCGCAAGAUUGAAGGGCUCUGUGACCGAGCACAUCAAACUAUUGCGUUCGCUCCCGAAUUGCACCGACUACUUCAAAGACGUUCUCGAUCUGAUCAGUGAAGGUAUGCUUGUUAUUGACGACUCCUCUUACAGCCGAAGAGAUGAAUGUGGAAAGAUACGCAGUCGUCUCCAAGAGGCCUAUAAGAAGUGUCAACAUCAGAGGUUAUACGCCGUCGGGGCUCAAAGAGUGAUGGAUAUCGGAUAG